AUGACCGGCCCUCCGUCCCCCAAGCGCCAGCGCACCGAUGACAACAAGCCUGACGAGAAGGUGCAGAAGGUUCUCGAGUCCGUUAAGCAGGUGGAGGAGGAGCUCGAGAAGGUGAACGUGGAGCAAGCCAAGGAAAUCCUCGUCAUCGAAACCAAGUACAAUGCCAAGAAGCGCCCCACGUACGUCAAGCGCAACAAGCUGCUGGCCGAGAUCCCGCACUUCUGGAAGCAAGUGUUUGUGAACCACCCGCUUGUCGGCAACUACCUCACUGAGGAGGACGAGAUGCUCAUGGACUUCUUGCAGACAUUUGACAUCACGUUCGUGGGCGACGACGGAAGUUUCAAGAUGGAGUUGACCUUCCAGGAGAACGAUUAUUUCUCGCCUACGACCGUGUGGAAGCAGGUCAAGUUCUCGGAGGACGGCGAAGAGGUGGAGGUCACUGCCUCGGAGCUCACCUGGAAGGACAAGGCCGAGAUGACGGAGGAGUCGGAGAAGUUCCCAUUCUUUCAGUGGUUCGUCUCGACGGACGGUGACCAGGACGUUGCCGAGAUCAUUAAGGAAGAGAUCUGGAAGAACCCCGUACCGUUUUACAUGAUGGACGAGGACGAGGAGGAAAGUGAGGGUGAGGAAGAAGAAGGCGAGGGUGAGGAGGAGGAGGCUGAGGGUGACGACAAGGAAUAA